AUGAUGUCUUUCCUAGACAAAGCCAGGCUGGCUGCCAGGUUGGGGAAGGACCAAGCCGAACCUGAUGCUACUACCGCGAAGACAGAGCUGUCUCCCACAAAGCCAGGCAGCAAGCCAGAGAGUGAGGAUUCGCCAGCCAAGACGGAAGCCAAGCAAGAGCCGGGGGGUUCUGCAAAGCGGUGGUGCUCAACAGCCAGCAAGCAGUGCUCAAAAAUGGAGGGUGACCUCACAUUGGAACUGCUGGAGUACAUGGCCUCUUGGCAAGGAGAUCUCUCGGACAUGAUGGACCUGGAAGUGUCUCAGCAUCCUGCUGCCAUAGUCCCUCAGAUCCUGGCGUCACCAAACUCCGAGCACAACGCAGCCAACUGCAACCAGAUUGAGGUGUUCUUGGAAGCGUAUCACGCGAAGAGAAAUCUUCCGUUCCUGUUCAAGCAGGGCCACCGGUAUGUUUCUCGACUUCUGUUGCGCCCUCAUUAA